AUGCGGAUAGGGCGCACGACUACCAGUGACAAGAAGAGUAAGGGUCAAGACCGUCGCAAGCCUUACGUGCCUCCGGUUGACAAGGGCGAGGAGAAGCUUCGAGGUGGGAAUGAGAAAAGUGGGGGAGGCGUGAGGUGUUACAGGUGUGGUAGUUCGGGACAUCGUAUUGUUGAAUGCAAGAAUUCAAUUUUGACUUGUUUCAAGUGUGGGAGGACUGGACACAAUGCUGAAGAAUGCAGGAGUAAGAACGUGGUUUGCUACAACUACGGAGAAUCUGGUCACAUCAGUACUAAGUGUCAGAAAGCGAAGAAGGCGCAAUCGGGUGGAAAUGUAUUUGCUCUAAGCGGAGAAGAGAGUUCAAAACCCGACAGUCUGACUUGA